AGAAGCUGUUUGUCUGUGCGCGGGGAGAGCAGCCGCCGGUCCCCGCGGGAUGCCUUUCCGGCAGGGCUCUGCCCGGACGCGGCAGCGCACCGUCCUUCUGGUGGGGGUCGUGGUCCUGCUGGCCGCACUCCUCCUCGCUGUCGUGCUGGCCUCUGUCCUGACUCACGGAAAACAGGAGGUCAGCCCGAAAAUGCUGAAGUGGAAGGACAGAGGGACCACUAAGAAUCUGCAAGAAGUUAUCCUGGGAAGAUGCUACAACUACGUCAUGGCGCGGUACCCUGAGCUGGGAGAUAAGGAUUGCCUAAAAAUAUGGGAAUCAUUAAAAGAUGCGUUCAUUUACAAGAAUCCCUGCAAUAUUACAUCAGAAGAUUAUCAGCCUUUAAUGGAGUUAGCGAGUCACCCUAUACCCUGUAACAAGUCACUGUUUUGGAGCAAGACAAGUGACCUCGCUCAUCGUUAUACAAAAUCCAAUCAAAAUUUCCUUACCUUGGAGGACACCUUGUUGGGUUAUAUGGCUGAUAGGGUUUCAUGGUGUGGAGACCCCUCUGACCCAGGAAUCAACUAUGAAUCUUGUCCCAAACGAAGUGAAUGUGAGAGCAACCCUAGCUCUGUAUUCUGGAAAAUGGCAUCCAAGAUGUUUGCGGAAGCAGCAUGUGGUGUGGUUCAAGUUAUGCUCAAUGGAUCAGUAGAAGCCGGAGCUUUCAGAAGCAGCAGCAUCUUUGGAAGUAUUGAGAUCUUUAACCUAAAUCCAAAUAAAGUCUCUACAGUACACAUUUGGCUUAUGCAUGACAUCGGUGGACCUCAAAUUGAAUCCUGCUCAGGUCAUUCCAUAAAGAGGUUAACAAGCAUCCUAGAAGAGCGAAACUUUAAGAUCACCUGUGAAGAAAAUUACAGGCCAGUUCAGCUCCUUCAGUGUGUGCAUAACCCUGACCACACAGACUGCAGCCUUUGCACCAACACCACAGCAGCUCCAUGAAACAGAGUCCUCCGCACUGCAGAAGACUUUUGUUAUUUGUGUGUAAAGCUGGAAAAGAUGUGGCUACAUAGCUUAGAGCGAUAAAUAGUAGCGUGGUGUGUACAGCGUCCAUAACCAGAAAUCCUUGCUGUAAUACUAACAGCCAAAUAGCAGGAGAUGAUACUUUAGGUGUGGUUACUGUACACACACACGCAGACAUGCUAUUUCAGAGGGUCUGGGGGCGUGUUCAGUGAUCGAGGGCAAAUGCUUUGCCCUGCCUUUCUCCCUCCUGUAGAACUCCCCUUGUGCCCUGAGCCCCAGAGCAGGGAUUCCCUGGGGCAUGCACAGAGAAGAAAGAGACUUUCCAGCAGACGUAGAACUUGCUGGGAUCAGUGCUUGGCUUGAUCCCCACUGGAAGGCCAGAUGGGAAGUGACUGGAGUAGGAUACUACACUCCCUGCAUCCCAGUGCAGUGUCCCCCAGAGGGGAACAUUGCACAGCGACACAUGGUAUAAAUCAUGUUUCCCCCAGGGACUGUGGCACCUCUGACCAGGUAAAGCAAGCGAUGGAAGAGGCACUUUUAAUGGGCAUCAGAGUGAGUGGCUGGUGGGGAAAUGGCUGAGGUGAGCCAAGAAAAGACCAGAAACAGCUCAGGGUUGCCAGCGUCUGUCAGUAUGUGUUGUGUAGCUGGGGAGAGAACAUAGCAAGACUGACUCAGACAACCCCGUUAAAAUCCUACUGGAAAGACCGCUGCAGUUCAAAUUACAUUUUAUUCUUAAUAUAGCAGUAAACAUAAGCCUUCCAACUCCCAUAAAAGGUCCCUCAAGCCACAGAUUGGCCAUCCACUGAAAGAGGGACAAACAUCAAAAGGUUGCCACAGUAAGGAGUCUCUCUUAACCUCAGUUUCUGAGGUGUGAAAGGUGAUGUCUUGCAGUAGGUGUAUAAUUCACAAGCAUGGACAUGCCACAGUACACCAUAACAGCACAUUUCAUUGAUUUCCUUUGAUUUCUAUUUUGCCAGUCUCAUACGUGUAGUCAAGUGCAGCGUUUAUAACAAAACAAAGAUCUGAGGCCAACAUGUGGCUGCAGCUGUAAUGCCUUUGUGCAGACCACUGAUACUAAAAAACCAGAGCAGGCUUUGCUACAGAUAUACUCCUAGGUUUUGCAGUGUCAGAGUAACCAGCAACUGCCAAUUUGUUAAGCAGACCGAGGUUUCCAUGAUCCCACAGGCAGAAGGUUAAAAUGGUAUAUGUUUUAGUGACUUCCCAGAUUGCAAAUGAUCUUUAAGGAACUACACAAGCUCGUGUAAUUUCAAGCAUCUCUAGAUAAACCUUUUCUCUAUAAUACACAGGCCUGCACUGAUCAUAGCUGGAUCACAUCCAAGACCUCUCCCAUAAUGUUUACAUUAAGUGAAACGUAUUUUUAUUUGCACUCUGUUGCAUAACUGGUUAGAUGCAUCAAUGCAGACACAUACAAAUACUUUCAAAUAGGUUAUUUCUGACUAUAGGUUAAGAGUUUGUCUUCAUGCUCACUUUUGUACCUCUUCUGUUUUAAUAUAAAAGUUGGCUGUAAAAUCGAGAUCCAUAAUAAAAUUGCUAAUAGCAAACUUUGUUAAUUCAGUUUGACAUUCUACUUAAUUUCAGACUGAACAUGAAAAUAAGGCAAUUCCUAAAUAUAACUCAGAAACUCAUUCAACAUAUGAAACUCUUCAUAUACCCACCCAUGAAAACAGACAAAGGCCACAGUGCACAUCCUACCCGGACUGUACUCUCGCUACCUUGCUCUCUGUCUUAUACAGAGAAGUCAUUGUGUUUGUAGGUGGCUAGAAGUGAAACAUCCUGUGUCUUCACCUUGAACACAGACAUCCAUAUAUAUAUGUUGUUCUCAGCCAUAUUAGUUAAGAAAGAUGACUGUUCUUAUCAGUGGUCAUAUAGUAAAAUGCUAAGAAGCAAAUUUGUUUUUGAAAGCUGGGGUCCACAUUUAAUACUGGCAACUGUGCUGGAGUAAAUGACAGCUUUGUAACACAGAUGGUUGGCAUGAAUGUUGUCCCAGAAAAAAGUCUUUCUUUUAAAGGUAUGUGAAAUGACACAUCUUUACAGGGAAACUUCGCAAGAAACACAAUUAAUGUUAGGGAAAUAAUUGAAUUUGUGAUUGC